CCUAACCUAGCAAGCCACCUCUUCUCUAGUUUACUCCAGCUCCCAGACAGCACUGGGGUUCUCAACAUGAGAAGGAUCCGCGCUAAUGCCAUCGCAAUCCUGACUGUCGCCUGGAUCUUAGGCACUUUCUAUUACUUAUGGCAGGACAACAGAUCCCAUUCAGCAUCCUCCAGCCGAUCUCCUAGCAGCAGCGGAGGUGGCAGGAACGUACAGAGACCAGCUGGUAGGCUGGAACUCCACAGAGAAGACCGGACUAUCCCCCUCAUUGUAACCAAAAUCCCUACAAGAGGCUUUGAUGAGAAAGCAUACCUGGCCUCCAAGCUGUUAAAGGCCGGCGAGGAUCCCUACAGGCAGCAUGCCUUCAAUCAGCUGGAAAGUGACAAGAUAAGCAGUGACCGCCCCAUCCGGGACACUCGCCAUUACAGAUGCACAUCUGUGCACUAUGCCUCAGACCUGCCAGCUACCAGCAUUGUUAUUACUUUCCACAAUGAAGCCCGAUCCACCCUUCUGCGAACAGUGAAGAGUGUUUUGAAUCGCACCCCUGCCAACCUGAUCCAGGAGAUCAUUUUAGUGGAUGACUUUAGUUCUGAUUCUGAAGACUGCCUGCUGUUGACCAGGAUCCCUAAAGUCAAAUGUCUCCGCAACGAUCGGCGUGAGGGGUUGAUCCGUUCCCGUGUUCGAGGGGCUGAGGUGGCAAUAGCAGAUAUCCUUACCUUCCUGGAUAGCCACUGUGAGGUGAACAGUGAGUGGCUUCAGCCCAUGCUCCAGAGAGUGAAGGAGGACUAUACGCGGGUGGUCAGCCCCAUCAUUGAUGUCAUCAGCCUGGAUAACUUUGCAUACCUGGCAGCAUCUGCUGACCUUCGGGGAGGAUUUGACUGGAGUCUUCAUUUCAAAUGGGAACAAAUACCCAUAGAACAGAAAAUGUCCCGGACAGACCCCACCCAGCCAAUUCGAACACCCGUCAUAGCUGGAGGAAUCUUUGUGAUUGACAAGGCCUGGUUUAACCACUUGGGAAAAUAUGACACUCAGAUGGACAUCUGGGGCGGGGAGAAUUUUGAGCUCUCCUUCCGGGUGUGGAUGUGUGGUGGGAGCUUAGAGAUUGUCCCCUGCAGCCGAGUGGGCCAUGUCUUCAGGAAACGGCACCCAUAUGACUUCCCAGAGGGUAAUGCCCUCACAUACAUAAAGAAUACCAAGCGCACUGCAGAAGUCUGGAUGGAUGAGUACAAACAAUAUUACUACGAAGCCCGGCCAUCUGCCAUUGGAAAAUCCUUCGGCAGUAUAGCUGACCGAGAGGAACAGAGGAAGAAAAUGAACUGCAAGUCCUUCCAGUGGUACCUGGAAAAUGUCUAUCCGGAGCUCAAGAUCCCAGAGAAGGAGCUGAUUCCUGGGAUCAUUAAGCAAGGAACAAAUUGCUUGGAAUCCCAGGGCCAGGACACAGCAGGCAACAACCUGGUUGUUGUGGGGAGCUGCAGAGGGACGUCAAACAAUCCUCUUAUGACUCAGGAGUGGGUAUUCAGUGAUCCUGUCAUCAGGCAACAGGACAAGUGUCUCUCCAUCACAUCUUUCUCUACAGGGUCACAAGUCACACUGGAGGCCUGCAACCAGAAAGAUGGCAGACAGAAAUGGAAGAUGAAAGGUUCUUUUAUCCAGCACUUUGUCAGUGGCCUCUGUUUGGAGAACCAAUCCCCACAAGUGGUGACCGGACUGUGCCAGGUGGAUUCACCUGCCCAACAGUGGGAGCUAAUGCAAGCCACAUGAUGGUAGCCCCAGGGACCUCAUCAUUCCUUUUUGCAUGAGACUUUGGGGCUGGAAUGGGGUUAGGGUGGGGGAGUGUCAAGCCGGGUUGUUUUCAUCUUGUUAACGUUUCUGUUGGGAUCAUCAACAAACAUUGCCACCAUGUUAAGUGUUUUUCCAAAGCUCACAUUGGGGGAAGGAGGGAGGCAGUGGCACGUCCAUGGACUCCCUGCCCCCAGCAGUUCUACCUGUACUCCUAGCCUUACUCCUGGUAGAGGAAAUGGUAAGGACUAUGGACUGUGACUGGCAAACUCAAAGACUGGGCAGAGUUGGGGGUGGCACUUUGCCCUUUUCUUAUUUACCAUCCCUGUAGACAUCCCUGACUCUAGUGCUCCUACGCCUAGUUUAUCCACAAUGAGGGAUGACAAUUUGUAUGUGAACAUGUAGGUGAUAUUAUUGUGUGGGGACAGGAAGGCCUAACUCCUCUGUGGUGCAGCUGGCCCUGACUGGGGUCCUAGACUACAGAAGGGCUGUAAGGUAACAGGAUGGGAGGGGUGAAGAGAAUCAUAAUAUGGGGAAGAAAUGAUUGAAAAAUGGGAUGACCACCAGAGGUGAUGGGUCAAGGGUAUAGGAUGAGGGAAAAGCCCAGGGUUAUCAGUGCAGAGUCUGCACAGGAGAAAUCCCAGGACCAUCGUGGGAUGCUUAAAACGAGUAAAGAGGCAACCCUAGAAAGCAUAAAAAUGGAUAAGUUGCUGAAGGGGGUAAGAGAGACAAGAGGUAAAAUCCCAACUGAGGCCCUUUCGUUUAGAGGUAGUUUCUCCCUCGUCAGUACCAUCCUGGAUCUUCUGGGUUGAGAGCUGUUUUGUUCCAAUUCCUGUCAGGUUGGAAAAGACCAUUUAGUAAGAAGGCUUAAAAGGCCAGCUCAUUAAACUGUUCCUGGUGACUCUUCCUUUAGGGCUUGAGCAAUUUCCCCUCAGUUUUAAUUUCUUAACCCCCAUUCUCUAUGCUGGAAUCCUCAAGGACAGUGGUCUCCAAAUAUUUUUGAUCCUGCAUCCUUAUAAGUUUAAAACAGAAAAUCAACAACUCCCCCUUUUGUUUUUUAUAAAAUAGCAGAUAUUCUAGGGGGAGGGGAGGAGUUUCCAAUGGUACCUGUACAGCUACUACCAUGGGUACCCAGGUGAGGGUUAAAUUAUAACCAUUCUGAGGGGCUGUUGUACUAUGAUGAGCGAAGGGUAGGUGUGGUUGUUUUGGAGACAAGCCCCAUGGGCUAUCCUAAGGAGGACAGGAUUUGACCUAUCUUCCCACAUUUCCAUUGGUUGGCCAAAGACUCCUUAAAGGCAAGCCCUCCCCCCCACCAGCUCCUUUGGGAUCAUGCCACACACCCCCAGGGGGGUCCACACCCCGCUUUAGAGACAAUUGCUCUGGGAGACACUCUUAAAAGGAGCUGGACCUUGAAAGAGUUUAAGUGACUACUUAACAUAUGCAUCCCAGCUCUCCUCCCCACCAGCCACUUUCCCCCAACCUCCAUAUGCGACUCGUGCCUUCCGAAAGGUCAAGAAGUUCCAAGGCUACUCCAAGCCCUGCUGUUAUUGAAGGACUGAUGUAGAAGAGCCAACCUUGGGAGCUCUGGUUGAGAAAAGGAAGCUCCCACUUCCUUCCCUUCCCUACAUCUUGGCCUCCUUUUAGAGUUCCUCCUUCCCCUCCCCUCCACAACUACAUCUUCACAUUGAGCCAGGAAGGUAUAUCCUUAGGGGUUCUCUCUGGUGGCCAAAUGCUGUGUGUCUACUUCAUAGUCUCCUCAUGAUUUUUUCCUUAGAACAAAAUUCCACAGGGCUGCCUUCCUCCUGGGUUUAGACAUCACCCAGGUACUACCAGGGCCCAGCAAGAAGUAUAGCUUUGUCCAGCUCUAGACCUUUCUAGAUGGAAAACACAAGCUCUUCUUGAAGUGCCCUCAUUUUGCUUUCUUCUUGAUGUCUAUAGCACAGACUUAUCACAUCUACUCCCUGGCCUGUAUCAUUCAUCUGAAUGGUAUCCAAAGGUUCUAUGAUAGCAAAUGCUCGUGUUGUAUGGGGGAGUGUCUCAACGGGUUUUUCUUUUUCUGAGCUAUCACUUAGAGGAUAUAGCCCCCUUGAGGGGAAUGUCGUCAGUGUCCUACCAUACUUAUGUUAUAGAAAUGUGUUCCCAGCAACUCCAUCGGGGGAGGGCAUAAUCAUGUUGUCCCCAUACCUCUCAGCCACAGUAUGACCUUUGGUGUGGGGCAGUGUUUGCCCACGGAACUCCAAUGUUAAGUGUGAUAUUGUUUCAUCAUUCUUGUCCCUCUUGGUGAAUUAACGCCACCCAAUCCAGUCUAAUCCAAUCCAACUUCAUUCAACAGACUUGCAUUAUGCCCCUACUAUAUAAAGAGUGCUGCUCUCAACACAAUGGACAGCCUUCAUUUGAUUUGGACCACGUGUUUAGUAGAAAAAUUAAUAAAGUUCUGAAGCAUCUCAGGAUAGAUUGUAGGAGGAAAUGCUUUUAUGUAGAGUUUGGAUUGACGUGAUGAGAAACACUGUCUCAUGAGCUAUUUCCAAGGGUCCCAAAUUUGUUCCCAGUGGUCAUGUCAGAAGGCUCAGAGCUGCUUUGUUUUUGUUCUUCUCAACCAAAGCAUGUGCUACUUAGCUGUCCUUGAGGAACUUGUCUCUAUGAAUGCCUGGAAUAAAUCCCUUCUCAAACACCUGUGUACACCACCUUCCUUGGCUCCCACAUAGCCUCUGCAUUGAUGUAUAUUCCACCCUGCCCAGGACUACUUAACCUCCUAGUUGGUAGUCAGCUGCUUCCUGAACUGAUUUUUCUCAGUGAUAUCUCAGUGAUAUCCACGCCUUUGGGUGGGGUUCCCAUAGUGUUUUGCAAGUGCUGCACAAUUCCUGGAGCCCAGUGGAAGAGAGGAGGUUUGAGAAUAAUGAUGAUGACAAUGAUAAUAAAUGAUACCUUGCAACAACAA